AUGAAACACAUAAAUAAUAUAAAAAAUAUUGAAAAUAAAAUCGAAAAAAUUUGUCAAGACACUUGUCGAAUUCCCCCGAAAAUAUUAAUUGUGUCAAAAUAUGUAGGCCAUGAAGAAAUAAAUAAUAUUCAUUCUUAUGAGAAAAAAUAUCAUUUUGGAGAAAAUAAUUUUGAUAGUCUAAUAGAAAAAUCACAAAAAUUGCCUAAUACUAUAAAAUGGCAUUUUAUAGGAAAUAUACAAUCUAAUAAAUGUAAAAAUAUAUUAAAAGUUCCAAAUUUAUAUAUGAUUGAGUCAUUAGAUAAACAAAAAAAAGCAAGCCUUCUAAAUAGCUAUUUAAAUACUAUAAAUGAAAAUGAGGAAAAUAAUAAUGAUAAUUUAAAAAAACUUCGUGUAUUAGUACAAAUUAAAACCACUGAUGAUCCAAACAAAACAGGAAUGAUGCAUGAUAAUUAUGAAGAUAUUGAAAAUACUGUUUUAUAUAUUAUUAACAAUUGCAACCUUUUAAUAUUUAAAGGUUUAAUGACUAUAUCAUCAUUGGACAUAAAUAAUAGGGAAAACUCAUUUAUUAUUUUAAAUGACAUAAAAAAUAAACUUUUAAAUAAUCAAACUAUUAGUAACUAUUUUCAAAAUAAGAAAUUCCAUAUGAGUAUGGGUAUGUCAGAUGAUUUGGAGCUUGCAAUUAAAAAUAAUACAACGCAAUUAAGGAUUGGAAGGGCAAUUUUUGGAUAG